AUGCUCUUUAAUAUCACAAAAAUACUCAAUUAUCUUCUACUAAUAGCUUCCACGCCAACAAUAGUUUAUGGAGAGGAACAAAAUUACGGCACCAACCACGGUGCAGUUGCCUCGGAGAGCAAGAUAUGCAGCGAAAUUGGCACACAAUUGCUUCAAAAGUGUCACGGCGGUAGGUGUGGAAAUGCUGUAGACGCUCUCGUUGGGACGGUUUUCUGCGUCGGGACUGUUGCCAUGUACCACAGCGGUAUUGGUGGCGGUGGCUUCGCCCUUGUUAGACUGCCAAACGGAACAUACAAGUCGGUUGACUUUCGAGAGGUAGCACCGGAUGCAGCGCAUGAAAAUAUGUAUCAAGGCAAUAUAGAUGGUAGCAAGAUUGGCGGCUUGGCCAGCGCUGUCCCAGGCGAGGUUAAAGGCUUGAAAUACAUUCACGAGAACUAUGGAAACCUAAGAUGGGCCGAUGUCAUGGCUCCUGCUAUCAAGCUUGCCCGAUAUGGCUUUCCCGUUAGCAAAGACUUGGUUACAUACAUGGAUUUGACAACACCAAAUAGCUUCUUCACAGAUGAAAAGGAAUGGGCUAUAGACUUUGCUCCGCAAGGGCAUCGUGUGAGAUACGGCGAGAUAAUGACUCGAGAGCGAUACGCGAAUACACUAGAAGAUAUUGCGAAUCGAGGCCCCAAAGCCUUUUAUACUGGACAUAUUGCUGAAGCGACUAUCCGGGCUUUGAAAAGCCGUAACGGCUGUAUGGAAUUGGAAGACCUCGAAAGAUAUAACUUUACUCUCCCGGAUCCCGUGAAAAUACAAUAUCGGGACUACAGCCUCACAAGUAUAAAUGCCCCGUCUAGUGGUAUUGUGGCGCUUAGUGCCUUGAAUAUACUAGGUGGUUUUCUUGAUUUUGAAGAGCCUCGACAAUCAAAUUCAUCGACACACCGAAUGAUAGAAGCGAUCAAAUGGGGAUACGGCCAGCGGAAAGGACUUGGCGACCCUUCAUUCGUGGCUCUUGGCCAGUACACUAAGAACAUGAUAUCAAAAGAGACUGGUGACUGGAUACGCUCAAAGAUCUCCGACAAUCAAACAUUCGACGACGAUUAUUAUGAUGUCGAUGGUACCGAGUUACUAAAGACACCUGGAACAUCGCAUAUCGUAACAGCGGAUGCUAGUGGCAUGUCUGUAUCUAUGACAACCACGAUUAACUUGUACUUUGGCUCACAUGUUAUGGUUCCAGAGACUGGUGUUAUUAUGAAUAACGAGAUGAACGACUUUGACAUUCCUAGCGAGCGGAAUCGAUUUGGCCUUGACUCUAAUAAGGCCAACUUUAUUCAGGGUAGGAAGCGACCAUUAUCAGCCAUCUCGCCGAUUAUCGCCGAGACGAGUGAUAAUAAGUUGCUCUUCUCGAUUGGGUGCGCUGGAGGAAUUCGGAUUACCACAGCUAAUAUACAGAAUGCUAUCCACUUGUUGGAUGGCAAGAUGACUACUUUGGAGGCAUUGAGCGAACCAAGACUCCAUGCUCAACUGGGGCAGGCGAGGAACGUGACGAUUGAGGGGGGGUAUGAUAAUGGCGUAAUUGGCUUCUUGGAGUCAUUGGGUCAUGGUAUUAACAGAGGACCAGCGCAGACCUCGGCGCAGGGAUUGCGGCGAUUACCAGACGGGUCGUUUGAGGCUGCUGCGGAGCCGAGACAGUGCAACUCUGGUGCAUCUGUUGUGUGA